UGUUGCCAGUUAGCCGGCGAACACGUUUUAUUUAUUCGUUUCGUUUGGAAAAUAUAUUAAAGUUUGCUUGAUUUUUUUUGUAACUAUUCAGUUGAUUUAAUAGCUUGGGCUUGAUAUUGAUAAAUGGGUCGAAACAAGAAACAAAACCCCUUUGCGGCCCGCAAACGUCAAAAGCGGGAGAACGGUCCCGAGCGCCCCGAUCGUCGGGCCCUGCCGUAUGAGGAGAUCAAAAGGGAUAAUGCCUUCUUCAUAAAGUACUACCACCUGCAGAAGAUCUGCGCCAGCGAGGAGGAGUGGUCGCAGUUCCUCGAAUCCAUCAGGGACAACCUGCCCACUACUUUCCGUGUGACAGGAUUCAAGGACGAGGCCAAGGCCCUGCUUUCUAUUAUUGAGACGCAGCUAUUCACCGAGUAUGUGAGGGCGGUGGCCGAGCUGCACCAGAAGGCGCCCGAGGAUGUGGAACGUCCGCUCUGCCUGCCCUGGUAUCCAAACGGGCUGGCCUACCAGCUUCACCUCACCCGAAAGGACAUUCGACGCUCGGAGCCGCUAUACCGGCUGCACAACUUUCUUAUUGUGGAGACCACAGCGGGUGGAAUCAGCCGGCAGGAGGCGGUGUCCAUGAUCCCGCCGAUUGUCCUGGAUGUACGACCCACAGACAAAGUUCUGGACAUGUGUGCCGCGCCAGGUUCGAAGACAGCCCAGCUCAUAGAGGCUCUUCACGCUGCUCCCGAAGAGCACAAGAUUCCACCCGGCUUCGUCCUGGCCAACGACGUGGACAACAACCGCUGCUACAUGCUGGUUCACCAGGCCAAGCGUCUUAACUCGCCCUGCCUGUUGGUGACCAACCACGACAGCAGUGUCUUUCCCAAUCUCCUGACCACAAAGCCUGACGGCUCAAAGGCGAUCCUUAAGUUUGAUAAGAUCCUGUGCGAUGUACCCUGCUCCGGCGACGGCACACUGCGCAAGAAUCCAGACAUUUGGCUCAAGUGGAACUUGGCACAGGCCUACAACCUUCACGGCAUUCAGUACCGGAUCGUGCGCCGAGGCGCUGAAAUGCUGGAGGUUGGCGGUCGUCUGGUGUACUCCACCUGCUCAUUGAAUCCCAUCGAGAACGAGGCGGUGCUGCAGCGCAUUAUCAAGGAUGCUGACGGUGCCUUAGAGCUGGUAGAUGCGGGGCACUUGGUGCCAGGUCUUAAGUACAACCCAGGCAUGACUGACUGGAAGCUGGCCACCAAGGAGGUGGACCAGAUCUUUACCAAGUUCGAUGAGGUGCCUGAAAGCCUGCACACCAUCAUACGGCCCGGUAUGUUCCCGCUGCCGGCCGACGAGAUGGCCAAGAUCGGGUUGGACAAGUGCCUUCGGGUGUUGCCGCAUCUCCAGGACAGCGGCGGCUUCUUUGUAGCCGUCUUGGAGAAGCGGCGUCAGCUAAGCUUCGAGAAGAACGAUGUGGUGGAGCUGGUGCAGCUGAACGAGAAGGCCAAGCAGCCUGCAGCUGAGCCGCAAUUGGAUGAGGAGGGCAAGCCUGUCGAGGAGAAGUCCGUCCCGUGGGGACCGCAGCGAAAAAAGCGACGUUUGCAUGGCUACAAGGAAGAUCCGUAUGUGUUCUUUGGCGAAAAUGAUCCUGACUACGAGGCUAUCAAGGAGUUCUACCAGCUGGACGAAUCCCUUAGCCAACGAUGCCUUCUAACGCGUUGCAUCACGGAGAAAAAGAAGAACAUCUAUUACUGCUCCGACCCCAUCCGCGAUUUGGUGCUCAACAACGAAAACAACAUCAAAAUCAUUAACACGGGCGUGAAGACAUUCGUGCGCUGCGAGAACAGGCACACGGUGCAUCCCUUCCGAUUGGCCCAGGAGGGUCUCCAGACCUCCAAUGCUUUCAUGGGCGCCAACAGGAGAAUCCAAGUGGAGCGGGAGGACCUGGUGAUGAUGCUCAAUUGCACCGAUCCCACGCAGCCACCGUCGACUCACGAACUGAAGAAGGAAACCCAGGAGCGUUGCAAGGAAUUGGGAGUGGGCAGCUGCAUCCUCAAGUACGUGGACGAGAGGUUUACGUUGUACACGGUGGGCUGGCGCGGCACCUCCAGUCUGCGCGCCUAUGUUCACAAGGACGAGACCAUCCACAUUCUGCGGCUGCUGGGCGCCGAUCUCAGCAAGUUUGAGACCAACAAGUACGAGGACGCGAGAGUAGCGGCUGCUGCUGCAGCAGACGCUGAAGCCGGCAAGAGUGGUGAGGCCGAAGCCGAUUCCUCGGGCGAGGGUGCCGCCGCGGAGUCCACAUCCUCUGUCAGUGUCCCAGAGGCCGCCCAGACAACAAGCACACCCAUGGACACCGAAGAGGUGACCACGAGAAGUUAGUGUUUAUCGAGAGUAGCUACGAAAUCUAGCAUUUAAGCGGACCAGUUAAUUACUACGAAUCAAAAGUAUAUAAACAUCCCCAAAGUGGGCAAUUUCAA